GAGCUGACCAGCACCGUGGCACCAGCCUGGCGCACGAUCAACAACAUCCCGGGGGAACCCAGCGACCUGGUCCUCCAGCAAGGAUUAUGGGACAUCUGCAGGACUUUCACAUCGUCCCGGGAUAUUCUGUGCAACCAGCAGGACACGCAGUACUUCAGCGCCCAGAUCAUCCAGAUCGCCAGAGGUCUGAUGCUGUCGUCGCUCAUUCUCAAUGUCAUUGCCAUCGGCGUGGCAGCAGUCGGAGUCCGAUGCUGGACUGAGAAACCGCUCUGGACGGUCGCUGGGGUCGGAGGUCUCCUCAUCUUCAUCUCAGGGGUCCUCACCAUCAUCCCAGUGGCGUGGUACACUCACACCAUGACCUCCAUCUUCUCCGCAUCCACCGAUGUUCGUGUGGGAUACUGC